AUGUACUACCAAGCCGAGUCGGAGCUCGGACUGAACUUCCUGAAAACUCUUCCAGCUCACAACGAGUCUCUAGUAUUUUCGCCAGUGUCUAUUGCUCUUGUGCUCGCUUUGGUGCACACUGGAGCCCUUGGAAACUCAAAGAAGCAAAUCGAAAACUCGUUGUUGAACAAGGCAAACUGCAACAAUUGCCAGUUUGUAAACCAUUUCUCAAAUGUCUACAGAAACUUGCGACAGGGAAUCAAUGGAGUUGAGGUCAACAUGGCAAACAGACUUUAUUUGAAAAGUGGAUCUACUGCUCAACGCAAAUUCUUGUCUGCCAUCGCUCAAAACUACGGAUCCGAAGCGCGUGCACUAGACUUCAGAACUUCUGAUGCUCUACAGAAAAUUAAUGGAUAUGUGAAGACAGCCACCAAAGGAAAAGUUGAGAGAAUCAUAACAUGCCAGGACUCGAUCAGAAGUGCCAAUGGAUUGUUGAUCAACGCUAUGUCAUUCAAAGGAGGAUGGGAGGAUGGUUUCCCACAACUUCCAGGAAAACAACUUUUCCAUAAGAAUGAGAGAGAAGGAAUUCUUAUGGGAAUGCUGGCUGAUAGCUCUAUCCGUGGAUACUCUUCUGAUGACUAUUUCCAGGUUCUUGUCUUGAAGUAUGUGGAUCCACGUUUCCAACUCUCAAUUUUAUUGCCAAAGCAGAGAAAUGGUCUGAAUGAUGCAUUGAAGAAAUUGGACAACAGAAGAUUCGAGAAUCUGUUGGACAAUGUGAAACCAACUUUUGUUAAUACUGAAAUUCCAAAGUUCUCGAUCGACUACAGAUUUUCUUUGAAGAAAAAUCUCAAAGCAAUCGGAAUCACUGAAAUUUUUUCCGAUUUUGCCGAUCUCUCUGGAAUCACUGCAAAUGCUAAAAUAUCUGAAGGAAUCCACAAGUCUAUCAUUCAGGUCACAGAAUCCGGAACAGGAACAGGAUGCUCAUUCGCUUCCCCAGCUGGUGGUAUUGGAUCAGGAGUUUCUCCAGCAGCUGCACCAAUUGGAUGUGGAGCUACAGUAGUCGGAGCUAGAACCAUCAAAGUUCUUCCAAUCGUCAGAACUGGGAACCCGAUUCAAUUCAAGGCAGAUCAUCCAUUCUUGUUUGCGUUGACCUACUUGAACCAUUCCGUUUAUAUGGGAGUUUACAGAGGCUAG